UUGGGGAAAAAUAGAUAAAAAUUAAUGACUGUCUAGUUGAAUUUCUUGUAGUACAUUCCUAUUUGUGAUAUAUAUCAAAAGUGGUUCAAGGUGGCACCUUAAAUUAAUUGCAUCUUCAUUAGGAAAAAUAACAAGCCUAAGACUGAAGAAACCCCUAAAUGGUAAGAUGACAUUAAUAUAGUCUGCCACUUGAGUGCCAGUUACUGCGUGAGCCGCGCGUUAAGUGAUUUCCGCACAUCACUGAAUCCAGACCACAGCCGUCUGACGUGUGCCCAGCGUUCCUCCCGGGAACAGAUGAGCGGAUGACCCGGCGGCCGUGAAGACACCAGGCCAGCGAGCGGCCGUGAAGACUUUAGACCUUGGGAAACAAGUCAGUCACGCUACCUGGUGGUCCCAGGGCUAAAGGCUGGGGCGGCCCACUAGUAAUUGAUAAAGUUGAAUUCAGUUUACCCUAGAAACAGCGCUCGCCCUGAGCCCGCCUAGUGACUCCGUUUAAAGUCACCCUAAGCUCAGGCCCCGCCCCUCCGGCCGCGCAGGCGUCCUUUCUCCCGCCGCCGUUCGACGUUUCUCCGCCCCGCCCUUGCUCGGUUGCCUUCGCCGCCGUCUUCACUCGCCUGCGACCGCGUCGCCUCUCGUGACGUCACGGGCUCCGGCCCUGUUCAUUGGUCCAUUUCAAUAGUCGCGGGAUACUUGAACUGCAUGAACAGCCGCCGCUCCGGCGGGCUGCUCGCUGCUUCCCCGGUGUGUCUUUGGCUCUCCACGCCCGGCAGUGCCUGUGUGCGCCUUUCGCAACUUCUCCGGUCCCACGCGAUCACAAGCGGGCGGGCAGGCUGGCCCGGGCUGCGGCGGGCGGCUACGGCUGGAGCGUUCCUCGGCGCGGUCGGUCGGCGGGACGGAGUGCACGCUGCUUGGCGCCGCAGGCUGAUCCCGCCGCGCCCCCGGGAGCAGUGAUGCUGGGCAGCUCCGCGCCCGGGCCUGCGGCCCGCGAGGCGGGUUCGGCGCUGCUAACAUUGCAGCAAACGGCGCUCCAGGAGGACCAGGAGAACAUCAACCCCGAGAAGGCGGGGCCCGCCCAGCAGCCCCGGACCCGGGCCGGGCUGGCGGUACUAAAGGCCGGGCACCCUCGCGGUCCAGCUCCGCAGCAGAGGCCCAAAACGCGACGGGUUGCUCCACUUAAAGAUCUUCCUAUAAAUGAUGAGCAUGUCACUGUUCCUCCCUGGAAAGCAAACAGUAAACAGCCUGCAUUUACCAUUCAUGUGGAUGAAGCAGAAGAGGAGCCACAGAAGAGGCCAGGUGAAUCUAAAAAAACAGAAUGCGAAGAUGCCCUGGCUUUGAAUUCAGCUAUUACUUUGCCUGGACCAAGAAAACCACUGGCACCUCUUGAUUAUCCAAUGGAUGGUAGUUUUGAGUCACCACAUAAUAUGGACAUGUCAAUUGUAUCGGAAGAUGAAAAGCCAGUAAGUGUUAAUGAAGUACCAGACUACCAUGAGGAUAUUCACACAUACCUUAGGGAAAUGGAGGUUAAAUGUAAGCCUAAAGUGGGUUACAUGAAGAAACAGCCAGACAUCACUAACAGUAUGAGGGCUAUCCUUGUGGACUGGUUAGUUGAAGUAGGAGAAGAAUAUAAACUACAAAAUGAGACCCUGCAUUUAGCUGUGAACUACAUUGAUAGGUUCCUUUCAUCGAUGUCCGUGUUGAGAGGAAAACUUCAGCUUGUGGGCACUGCUGCUAUGCUGUUAGCCUCAAAGUUUGAAGAAAUAUACCCCCCAGAAGUAGCAGAGUUUGUGUACAUUACAGAUGAUACCUAUACCAAGAAACAAGUUCUGAGAAUGGAGCACUUAGUUUUGAAAGUCCUUGCUUUUGACUUAGCCGCACCGACAGUCAAUCAGUUUCUUACCCAAUACUUUCUGCACCAGCAGUCUGCAAACAGCAAAGUUGAAAGUUUAGCAAUGUUUUUGGGAGAGCUGAGUUUGAUAGAUGCUGACUCAUACCUAAAGUAUUUGCCGUCAGUUAUUGCUGGAGCGGCCUUUCAUUUAGCACUCUACACGGUCACAGGACAAAGCUGGCCUGAAUCCUUAGCACAGAAGACUGGGUACACCCUGCAAAGUCUCAAGCCUUGUCUCCUGGACCUUCACCAGACCUACCUCAGAGCGCCACACCACGCACAACAGUCAAUAAGAGAAAAGUACAAAAGUUCAAAGUAUCAUGGUGUUUCUCUCCUCAACCCACCAGAUACACUAAACGUGUAACAGUGAAAGACUGCCUUAAGAUGUAAAUCACUCAAAGUAUAUGAUGUACAGUUUUUAUCCCAGGUUUAAUUUUACAAUCAUUUCUGAAUACAGAAGUUAUGGUCAAGUACAAAUUAUGGUAUCUAUUACUUUUUAAAUGGUUUUAAUUUGUAUAUCUUUUGUACAUGUAACUAUCUUAGAUAUUUGGCUAAUUUUAAGUGGUUUUGUUAAAGUAUUAAUGAUGCCAGCUGUCAGGAUAAUAAGAAUAAGAAUUAAUAAUAAAUUGAUUUGGAAAACUUGGUUUCUAAGUCAAAUUUAAUUUGAGAUAAAAAUUUGACUUUGACUUUGAGAUUUCACUCAGAAAAAUUAGUUUACUAUAGAAUGGGGACUGGGAAGGCUUCUCCUAAAGUUAAAAAAUAGUUUUAGGAAAACAGACAAAAGUUCUGACUUCAUUUUCCUAAGCAACUGGACCAAUUUGCUGAUGUGGACAUAAUAAAUCUGUGCUUAUUUAUCA